AUGGAGACGACGCGGCGCAUAGCCAAGGACCGGCUCUCAGCCGCGCUGUCGCCCUUCGCGGCGACCCGACGCAUCGGGCACCCCUACCAGAACCGCACGCCGCCCAAGCGGAAGAAGCCGCGCACGUCCUUCAGCCGGGUGCAGAUCUGCGAGCUGGAGAAGCGCUUCCACCGCCAGAAGUACCUGGCCUCGGCCGAGCGUGCCACUCUAGCCAAAGCCCUCAAGAUGACGGACGCCCAGGUCAAAACCUGGUUCCAGAACCGCCGCACCAAGUGGAGGAGGCAGACGGCGGAGGAGCGCGAGGCGGAGCGCCAGCAGGCCAACCGCUUGAUGCUGCACCUGCAGCAGGAGGCCUUCCAGAAGAGCCUGAGCCAGCCGCUGCCCCAGGACCCGCUCUGCAUGCACAACUCCUCCCUGUAUGCCCUGCAGAACCUGCAGCCCUGGGCCGAGGACAAUAAGGUGACGUCCGUCUCAGGGGUGGCCUCCGUGGUGUGAGGUCCCUGUGUGGCAGGGCGGGACCGCCUGCGCACCUUGGGGACCUUGAACUUGUCAGGAGGAGGCUGUGGCCAGCAGGAGCCUGGCAGGGUGCAAGCCAGCGCCUCUGUCCUGUGGCAGGGAGGGGGCUGCUGCUUCCUGGGCGCUCCCCUGAGCGGCAGCCCCCUCCCCAUGCCCACACCCCCCCGGGCACUGGCUCUCUCUGGGCCCCAGCACUGCCCCAGGUGAGCGGCAGCCCCGGGCGGGUGGACUCCAAGCCCCAGUGACCCCUGCCUGGAGCACCACGACCCAUGGGCAGCCCCGCACCCACAGCCUCCGGGGGAGCCCGUGCACCGGGCCCCUCUCCCCACGUGCCUCUGCUGGCCCUGGACCUUCCGCAGGGGCUGCCUGCUCCCCCCAGCUCCCCGGGGCCUGGUGCCCCCCCAUCAGCAGCUCUCCCGGCCAGGCUGCCCCCGCCGCUCCACCACCACCCUGCCCGGGGAGGGCAGAGCGCAGGGCGCGGGCGGCCUCCCCCACACUUGCACAUUCCCAGAGCUGGAAACUUGCCGCUGCCCUUGCGAGUGGGUCCUGGGGUGGAUGGCAUCCUCACAAGCACCUGCCUUACCCGGGUCGGAGCUCGUCAGCUGGGGGUCCCAGGGCUGGUGAGGAGCCCCAGCCCCUCUGUCCUCUGAGCAGCCAGACAGACGGAGCUUCUCUGACGCAGGGCAGGACCUCCCGGUGCUGCUGCCCCCACCCAUCCUGCAGUGCUGGUCCUGGACAAUGGACAGAGGGUUCCCGUACAUACCAGCGGGCAGCAGCAGCCCCUCCAGAGGCUGCCCCCUCCAGCCUCUGCUCCCUGGGGGCACCUUUGCCUCCUCCCCACGCUUCCUGGUCCUGGUGUGGGACUGAACCUUUGGUCUGGUGAGACCCAGAGCGUGCAGGCAGUGGUGUCUGCUGGGGUCUGUGCUGCAGAACCCCUGGUCCAGCGAACUUCUGGCCCACGACCUGCCCCCUCCUGAGGCAGGACCAGCACCAGGGCGCAGACCUGCCAGACCUCAGCCCCGUCCCCUCUGCGUUGAAGG